GCCUAGGCUACCAUUUGAACGAAAAUGAUUAACAGCAAUGAUGAUGACGAUUUGUAUGAAGGAUUUGAUCAGCUCAGUAGCAGGCAGGAUAUUGAAGAAUUUGCGAGUGACAGCGGAUUUCAGAACGCCAUUAAAAAUACAAGUCAUGGAAGAAAACCUUCGUUGCUUAGUCAAAGUUCAAACACAUCAGUCGUUCGAGGACCAACAGGACGAGUACCAACUUCGGCAAACUUUAGGUUGGUCACAGCCUCAGGUUUUGCUGGUGGAAAUUUCGGAAGACCAAUGACAUCUGUCAGAGCUGCUGGAUAUUCAUCUAUGGGUCGUAGAAUAAGUACAGGGCAAUCAGGAAAUCAAGGUUGGUUAAGUGGUCAAACUGUACAAACAACCACUGAUGUUGGCUCUGUUCCUCCACUUGAAAGUAAACCAGAGGAUAGUUCUGAAGAACGUAUCAAGAAUAUGGAGAAAAGAGUUAAUAAUUUAAUUGAGGAAAGUUGCGUUGAUGCUUGCCAAGGAGAAAUUACUGCAGCAUUGGAAAAGGCUAAGGAAGCUAGCCGAAAAGAACGUGUACUUGUUAGACAACGAGAGCAACUUGGAGUAGCAGAUCAAAUUAAUUUGGACUUGACGUAUUCAGUGCUAUUCAAUUUGGCUAAUCGUUAUACAGCAAGUGGGAUGUAUCAAGAAGCACUGAACACUUAUCAAACUAUUGUUCGAAAUAAGAUGUUUGCACAUGCAGGUAGACUCAAGGUAAAUAUGGGAAAUAUUUACUACCUGCAAAAGAAUUACUCAAAAGCUAUUAAAUUCUUUCAUAUGGGCCUAGAUCAAGUGCCCAAUACACAUAAAUUAUUCAGAAUUAAAAUUAUGCAGAAUAUUGGUAUAAGCUUUGUUAAACUUGGUCAAUUCAAUGAGGCUAUCACGGCAUUUGAACAUAUUAUGCAAGAGGAACCAGAUACAAAGACUGGUUUCAAUUUAAUUGUAUGUUAUUUUAUCAAAGGAGAUCGAAAUAAAAUGAAAUGUGCAUUUCAACAACUACUACGAGUGGAUCUGCAUUUGGAUGAUGAAGAUCGCUAUUUACAACAUAAUGAUGAUAAGCAAUACGAUUUGAUCUUAGAAGUAAUCCAAAAUGAUGAACUGCGCCAAUUUGAGAAAAAACAGAAAAUUCAAGCAGAAAAUUUCAUUAAAAUGGCUGCCAAAAUAAUUGCUCCAGUAAUUGAAACAAAUUUUUCUGCUGGUUAUGACUGGUGUAUUGAUCAGGUGAAAAUGUCCUCCUAUGAUGAAAUUGCACAUGAUUUAGAAAUUGAUAAAGCGGUGAUGUUUUUAAAACAAAGAGAUUUUCACCAGGCAAUUGACACUUUGAAGUCAUUUGAACGAAAAGAUUCACGUGUUGCAUGUACUGCUGCUACGAAUUUGUCAUUUCUCUACUUUCUUGAAGGAGAUUUAUUGCAAGCUGAAAAAUAUGCAGAUCAAGCUUUAUCUGUUGAUCGAUAUAAUCCUGCAGCACUUGUUAACAAAGGCAACGUUUUAUAUCAACAACAACAAUAUGAAAAAGCUCGAGAUUGUUACUUGGAAGCAUUGCAAGAUGAUACACGUUGUGUAGAAGCCUUAUAUAAUCUCGGUUUAGUAUGUAAACAAUUAGAAAGAUAUGAAGAAGCUCUGGAAGCUUUUUACAAAUUACAUGCUGUUCUGAGAAAUAGUGCACCAGUGGUUUAUCAAAUAAUGGAUAUCUAUGAGAAAUCGGGAGAUCCUAAUCAAGCCCAGGAAUGGGCAAUGCAGUUACAUGGCAUGGUUCCAACUGAUCCAUUUCUACUACAAAGAUUAGGUGAUAAUUAUGAACAAGAUGGUGAUAAAUCGCAGGCAUUUUCUCAUUAUUACGAUUCAUUUAAAUAUUAUCCGUGUAAUUUUGACGUAAUUGAAUGGUUAGGAGCCUAUUAUAUUGAAUCUCAGUUCUGUGAAAAAGCUGUAUCUUAUUUUGAACGUGCUAGUUUAAUGCAACCGAAUCAAAUCAAAUGGCAGUUGAUGAUUGCUUCAUGUCAUCGUCGAAGUGGAAAUUAUCAACAAGCUUUAGAAACAUAUCGUACUAUUCAUCGACAAUUUCCAGAUAAUAUUGAAUGUCUUCAGUUUCUGGUACGAUUAAGUUCUGAUAUGGACUUACCAGAAGCUCAAGAUUAUAUCGCCAAAUUGAAACGUGCUGAAAAAUUAAAACAAGCUAGAGAACAACGUCAAGUGUCAGCAACUAACCGCCGAAACUUUGGUCUUGCAAAUACAACUAGUACGACAAGUAGCCAUGAAAAUUCAACCAGUGUUAGUAGUGGAGGUGAAAGUCGUGAAAGUAGUGCAAAUUAUGACAAUCGCUUUAAUGUUCAAUCAAAACAUUCACAUAUUCCAUCACGCCAAACUGAAGUCUAUAAAGAAACAACUUUACGAAGAAAUACAGACAAUGAAUAUAUUACAUAUAACGAUCCAUUGGGACCAAGUAUAGAACGACCGAGAACAGCAGCACGUACUAAAACAAUUCAAGAUGACUUUGCCGAUGAAGAAGUUGAUGAAAGCCUGUUACCAGAUUAAUUUUCAGUUUUUGUAGGGACCAGAUAACUUUUAUCAUUAGAUUUAAUUUUGUGUAUUACUCUCUCCCACAACCUUCUGUAUUUACUAACUUCUCAAUACAUCAUCAUAAGCUAAUGUAUAUUCUUCAUCUAAAGAAUGCGUCUAAC